AUGGCAUGCAGGGCGCUGACCAGCCACCACAGCUUUUACUCGGGGAGAAAAGUUCGGAAAAAUCCAGAGAUGGGAGGACAAUAUGUCAAUGGUUUCUUGCACGGUUUUGGGGGGUUCGCCAUGCUGGAUGUGAAAUACCACCUCACUGUUCUGUAUACCCCUCGAGUGGGAGAUAUUGUGGCAGAUAUCGUCUUUGUUCACGGUAUCCAGGGCCAUCCAGGGAGGACGUGGACAGCACAACGACCUAAAGACCCAAGUUUCAGGGGCAGGAGGUGGAAGCAAUCGAUUCUGAAGCGGUUUUCCGUAAAAGGUUCACAGCGCCAGUCAACACCGGAAGACAGCCCGCGAGAGAGAUCCAAAACGGAUGUCUUUUGGCCCUUGGAUUUGCUGCCGGCGGACUGUGCUGACUGUCGAAUCCUGACGUUUGGGUAUAACUCGAUAGUAUCAAAAUUCUUUGCUAAAACUUCCUACAUGCGCUUGUACACAGUAGGGACGAGCAGUAACCAAAUAACCGAAGUUGAAAAGCAGUUGGCUAACCGACUAUUUCUUGCUUCUCUCCAGCGAGGUCGAUAUAUAGUCUUCGUCGCCCACUCGUUCGGUGGCCUUCUUGUGAAGCAGGUAGCUAGUUAUAUUAUACCCCUGAUUAUUACAGUUCUUCACCUCGUCCCGGAAUUCAAAGAUGCGGAGAUACUUGACAUUAGAGCUUCAACCAAGGCGAUCAUCUUCCUUGGGACGCCCCAUCGAGGAAGCAACUUAGCAAAAUUCGGGGAAGCUUUGAGAAAAAUCGCUUCGUUCACUGGGUUCGGCACGAACCCUCGGAUUAUACGCCUUUUACAUUGGGACAACCCUGACCUCAAGGCAUCUCAUAAUGACUUUAUGCAACAAUGGAAUCAAGAUAAAUUCCUUGUUCGGACCUUUCAAGAGGGUCUCCCUUUUGAGCCAUUGAACGGAAUCCUCGGAAAGGUAGUGCCAGACGAAUCUUCGCUAUUGGGGGACCCAAGGGAGAAUGCCCGAUAUAUUAAUGCUAAUCACCGCGAUAUGUGUCGUUUUACUGGUAGAGAUGACCCUGGGUAUCGCCUUCUAGUAGGGGAGAUUCGACAGGUUAUAAGAAAACUCCGCAUUGAACACCAGAAACAGAAAUUAUUACGGGGUCCAAUUUAUUUCCCGUUCAUAUCUCCAACUCCAAGAUGGAGAACCAGAAGAACCCUCCGAAGAUAG